CAUCGCAUCAACACGUGUGCAUCUGAAUUCAGAUUUUUUUGACGAAGUCACUGAAGGCAACAGCGUGACGUCAUCUGUUUUGUUUCCGUGGCGGGAUGACGAUGAGAGAGUUUCAGCCUCGACUUGUUGUGUGUCUCUGCUAAAAAACAAGUGACUUCGAGCGAUUUACUCGCUUAAAUUGAAAUAUUUAAGUUCAGAUGUUUGGUUCAAGCUGUCAAGUUAUCUUAGGACCUUAAAAGCGCUGCCGGUCUAAAGUGUCUGGCUUGCUAAAGUUUGACUAAUUUAAAGUUUAUAUUAAUAAAAUGGAGAGUUCAUUAGUAAAAGACAACCCGUUGCUUUUACCUGUCAACAAGGAGAUGACAGCCUAUGACGGAUUUAUCACAGUCCAGGAACGAGACUUCAGAUUGAGAAUACUUUUACCACCAGAUCGCCAACUUAAACAGGCCAGGCUGCACUGCUGCUGGCAGUUGAAACACCUGUUGCACGGCUACGAGCACAUAGUGAAGCAGAGGCUGCAGCAGUCGGCUGAUCUUGUCAAUUUCAUUCUGGAGCUGAAAACCGUCUUGGAAGUGGGUCUGAAGAGCCGUCCUGAGUGCCGCUCCAUCCCGCCUCCACAGUAUUACUCCCAGCUCAUCUUGGAGAUGGAGACCCUCGGGUGGGGCAAGCUGCUCUUCAUAGACACGGAGUUUCGAACGCUGAGACUGAAGGCGGAGGACUCCUCUGGAAGGCAGCACGCUCUCACUGUUAAACUCAAGUCUAAGCACCCUGCAGAGGCUCCUGACUGCUCAGCUGACCUGCCGGUCCCUCUGGCCGUAACCUGGACUCCACAGAGUACUCUGGAGCAGCUCCACAGCCAGUUCCUGCUGGUCUUGGAGUCCCUGGGUGAGUUCUGGGACGUCCUGGACGAGAUCGACAGUAAGACCUGGAUCCUGGAGCCGGAGAGACCCAGCAGAGCCGACAGCAUGAGGCGCAUCGCCAUCGGAAACAACGUCUCCAUCAAAGUGGAGGUGGAUCCCAGACACCCUAAGAUGCUGCCAGAGUGCUGCCUGCUGGGAGCUGAGCACGUGGUGACUCCGCUGAGGAAUAAGCUCAACGCCAACAUGCACAUGUGGAACCCGGACUCCAGCGUCUUGCACAACCUCCGGGAUGUUUUGGAGAUCGAAUUCCCGUCACCUGCCACCCACGAAAAAUCUAGCUUCAGUGUGGAGUGUGGGAUCUGUUACUCGUACCGUCUAGAGGCUGAGAUCCCUGAUCAGGUGUGUAAUGACCCUCGCUGUGGCCAACCCUUCCACCAGGCCUGUCUCUAUGAGUGGCUGCGAGCGCUCCCCUCCAGCAGGCAGAGCUUCAACAUUGUUUUUGGAGAGUGUCCUUACUGUAGCAAGCCUAUUACUGUGAAAAUGGCAGCCCAGAAGGCCUGAAAAGUGGCUUUGUGUUCCCGUCGGCGCCAUCUCGACGACUUUGGGAAGCAGCAUGAAAGACUGAAAGCCGAGACGAGUGGAUCCUUUACGGCACAGGUUUCAAACUCGCGGCCCGCAGGCCGAUUGCGGCCCUCAUGGCGAUAUUUUGUGGCCCCCACCUUGAUAUGAAAGUUUAAUGUGAGUUUUAUGAGUGGCACUUUACCGUGUUGUGUGUGGAAGGUCCCUUUAAUUACUUUUUCUGGUAAUUUCGUGUCCUUUUUUUGGUAAUUUUGUGUCUUUUUUUGUCAUUUUGCGUCUUUUUAUUUUAGUAACUUUGUGUCUUUUUUUGGUCAUUUUGUGUCUUUUUAAAUAAUUUGUCCUUUUUUUUGUCAUUUUGUGUCUUUUUUUGGUCAUUUUGUGUAUUUUUUAUUUUGAGUUUGAGACCCCUGAUUUACGGCAACAAGUCGCUGCUGCAGCUCGCACCGGAGCGAUGUCCACACAGACAGUUUACUGCUGCUGCACUGCCGUCUACAGCUGUAUCCCAAUACAUUAGAAUAUCACGAAAAGUCCAUUUCCAGUAGUUCAAGUCAAACAGCCCUAACCAAGUAUUGAGUCAUAUAGAUGACAUACUUUUCAGUGGCCAACAUUUUCAUAUUAAACAUACUCUUUAAAAUUGCUUUUUUGUGAUAUUCAAAUUUUUUUGAGAUACUGAAUUUUAGGUCUUCAUUAAAUUUAAGCCAUAACCAUUACAAUUAGAAUAAAUUAAAUGAAUUAAACAUGAAAUGUUUCAUUCUGUGUGUAAUGGAUCUAUAUGUGUUAUUUCCACUUUUUGAAUUGAAUUACUGACAUAAACUUUUCUAUGAUAUUAUAAUUCAUUGAGAUGCACCUGUACAUUGAGUCUGCCGUGAUAAUGUCCAUGACUAGUUAUCUUUCAUUUCUACUGUCAUAUUUUCACGAUUGAAAACAGAUAUUAAACUUUGGAGCUGUGCUUUUUCCACCACAUGGUGCAAAUAUUUCAGAAUAAAAGCUUUGUGUUUACAAAUAAAAAGAUUUAAUCCACAGAAAUGCCACAUGGCUUUUAUUUUGAAAGAGAAACAUGAAGUGUUGGGUUAAAAAGAUUUUUUUUGUAAUUGGUAUGGGCCGGGGGUGGGCAACCUGCAGCUCAGGAGCCUCAUGUGGCUCUUCAGGCCGUCUGUAGCUCUGACGGAAAAAAAUUAUACGAAAUGAAACGGUUAUUUCUUUACAUUGUAAUUUUAAUUUCAUUGUUGUAGGCCCAAAGCAAUGUGUAUCCUUCAAUUGUAAAAAUGUGUAGCUUAUAUUCGGCAUUAAAACAAAUGUUUUAACAUUAUAAUGAACUAAAAUGUGCAUCGUAGCUUACGAAAAGUCUGUUACAGUGUCAGUGUGGCUUUGAAAACAUCAUUUCACUGUGAAGUUUUGCUGAGAGCCAGAUAAAAAAUAGACGAGACAAAAAGAGGUUCUACGACACACA